AGCCACGCACAGCAUACAAGCUGCGAAGGUGUGAGAAUCUGCUAAGAACUACUGGUCUUCUGGUCCGCAGAUCGCUGAAAAUGGAGGGAGCACUUGCCACCUCCAACUUCUGCGUCCCUGAUCUCUACCCAGGCAAUGCAGCUCACGCCCCAAGGUCCAGGAGGCUCUCCUACAUCUCCCCUGCCGCCUCUUCAGCCGCUCCACAGAACCCGAGCCACAGAAGGAAGAAGAAGAGCACGUCGUCUCCGCCGCCGUCUGCUGCCGCGUCGGCCACCGUCCUCACCUCGCCCCCGAAACAGAUCGAGCAACAACAAGUGCAAGAAGAGCACUCGGACGCAGCCGUUACAAGGAUCGCUACCACCGCGAGAACAGCGCGUAUCAGCAGCGAACCCGACGCGCCGCGCAAGCUGCCGCCGCGCUCUCGGCCUCGGGCUCGGGCGGCGGCGGCGGCGUCGCUGCCGGUGGCGUUCUGCAACGCGCUGGAGGAGGCGAUCAACACGUUCGUGGACCCUCCGGCGCUGCGCCCUUCGGUGGACCCGCGGCACGUGCUGAGCGCCAACUUCGCGCCCGUGGACGAGCUGCCGCCCACGCGCUGCCCCGUCGUGCGCGGCGCCAUCCCGCGCUGCCUGGCCGGCGGCGCCUACAUCCGCAACGGGCCCAACCCGCAGCACCUCCCGCGCGGCCCGCACCACCUCUUCGACGGCGACGGCAUGCUGCACUCGCUGCUCCUCCCUCCCGAGGGCUCGUCCGGAUCAUCCGACCCCGUGCUCUGCUCCCGCUACGUGCAGACGUACAAGUACCUCCUGGAGCGCGAGGCAGGGGAGCCGGUCAUGCCCAACGUCUUCUCGGGCUUCCACGGGCUUGCCGGGAUGGCGCGCGGCGCCGUGACGGCGGCCCGGGUGCUGACGGGCCAGAUGAACCCCGUGGAGGGCGUCGGGCUCGCCAACACCAGCCUCGCCGUCUUCGGCGGCCGGCUCUACGCACUGGGCGAGUCGGACCUCCCUUACGCCGUGCGCGUCGACCCGGCCACCGGGGACGUGACAACGCUCGGCAGGUGCGACUUCGGGGGGCGGCUCAGCAUGGGCAUGACCGCGCACCCGAAGAAGGACCCCAUAACAGGUGAAGUCUUCGCGUUCCGCUACGGGCCCGUGCCCCCGUUCGUGACCUACUUCCGGUUCGACCCGGCCGGGAACAAGGCCGCCGACGUGCCCAUCUUCUCUGUGAAGCAGCCGUCCUUCCUCCACGACUUCGCCGUCACGGAGCGCUACGCCAUAUUCCCGGAGAUACAGAUCGUGAUGAACCCCAUGGGCAUGGUCGUGGGCGGCGGCGCGCCCGUGGGUGCCGACCCCAGCAUGGUGCCAAGGCUCGGCGUGCUGCCCCGGUACGCCACGGACGAGUCGGAGAUGCGGUGGUUCGAGGUGCCCGGGUUCAACAUGAUGCACUCGGUGAACGCGUGGGAGGAGCGCGGCGGCGAUGAGAUCGUCGUGGUGGCGCCCAACGUGCUGUCCAUCGAGCACGCGCUGGACCGCAUGGAGCUCGUCCACUCCAGCGUCGAGCUCGUGCGCAUCAACCUCCGCACGGGGAACGUCUCGCGCACGCCGCUCUCGGCGGGGAACCUCGACUUCCCCGUCAUCCACCCGGGCUGCCUCGGCCGCCGCAACCGCUACGGCUACUUCGGCGUGGGCGACCCCAUGCCCAAGAUCGCCGGAGUGGUCAAGCUCGACUUCGACCGCGCCGGCCAUGGCGACUGCACCGCGGCGCGACGGGACUUUGGGCCCGGGUGCUUCGCCGGGGAGCCAUUCUUCGUCCCGGACGACGUGGAGGGCAACGGCAACGAAGAUGAUGGCUACUUGGUGUGCUACGUGCACAACGAGGCCACCGGCGAUAACCGGUUCGUGGUCAUGGAUGCUCGGUCGCCGGAGCUGGACAUCGUUGCCGAGGUGCAGCUUCCCUCCCGUGUCCCUUACGGCUUCCAUGGCCUGUUCGUCACCCAGGCCGAGCUCCGGUCACAGCACCAGUGAUCAUCAAAGACAACCCACACGUCCAAUGUACACAGUGGUAAAUGAAUAGGUCUUGUAUAGGAUUCCAUGACAUACACAUAGGAGAAAUAGGUCUUGUAUAGCGUUUAUAAUUUUGCAAUAAACCGAUACUAAGAUCACACACAACAGCUGAAAAGGGCCUUAAUUAGAAGAUGAAGAACGUAGUACAGCUCCAAGAAUUGCAAACUCAUACACAUAUUUCUUUC